UAAGUGCACCUCACCCUUUAAAUUCUUAUAGUGUGCUCCCUCUUCCCACUCAACACAAUCACCUCACGCUUUAAAUUCUUAUAGUGUGCUCCCACUUCCCACUCAACACAAUCAUGUCUAGUUUUUGCACUUCUCCUCCUAUGAUGAUGAAGGGGUGGUUUUCAGGCUUAUUGAGAGCCGCAUUCAGGUGUGAAGAGGUUGUUUCUUUGUGGGUUUUGGCUGCCAUUGGUGAUUCCAGCGGCGGAGCUUUGGGUCGAGUCACAAAACGAGUUGUUUUUGCUGCAUAUACCUGCAUUCUUGCACUAGGAGGAGCUAUAGUGGGAGCAAUUCAUGGAGCCAUUAAAGGCCAGACGACGGAGACCGGGCUUCUUAAAGGUGCUUGCAUAGGCAGUUUGGCAGGGGCUAUUGCUGCCAUUCAAUUGAUGGAUUUGGCAGUGGACGGCGAGUCGUUGUCUAAGGUUGCUUUCUUGGGAGGGAUCGUAAAUGGGAAGGUGUUUAUGGAAUGGGUGAAUUCUUCAUUGCUAAAAGCCUAUCACUGGCAAGUUAGCAAUCUGGAAACAACUUACAGAGAGAUUUCUGAAAUCUAUGACGUUGCUGGAGUGAAGGGAUUAUCCCAGGAUUGCAUUCAAAAGCUCCCUCAAAGUACAUUUUACAGCAGCAGCAGCAAUAUCAUUGAUUCAUGCAGUGAAUUUUGCUGCUCAAUUUGCUUACAGGAAUUGAAGGAAGGAGAGAAUGCAAGAGAACUUCCCAUUUGUGGCCAUAUGUUCCACUUGGCAUGCAUAGACCAAUGGCUAAAGCAACAAGCCUCUUGUCCUAUGUGCAGACUACACGUCCACAUUUAAAACGUAGUAGUAGAUAACUACCACGGAUGCCCGUUGGUUGUGGACGAAUUUCAAGCCUGUACUCAAUCACACGGUGGUGGUCAGGGAAAAGCUGAAAUAUUUUUGCAAGUUUUCCUGACUCCUGAAAAAGUGGACUGUUGUGGUGAAAGCAACAAGCCUCUUCUUUUUUUUUUUUUUUUUUUUAAACAAAAAACGUAGUAGAAUUUAGGGAUUGCUUGUAUGGUCCAAGCCCCCAAGGUGUUCUAUAUACUGAGGUUUUUAGUUGUUGAAUUCUCUGUACUAUUGCAAAAAGAUGUAGUAAUUUCGGAAAGUAAGAAUUUUGUACUCUUUUUGUUUGAGGAAAAAUAUUUCUUUAUUAACA